AUGCCGGCGCCUACGGUAAAGCUUUCAUCCGGCUAUGAAAUGCCUUUAGUGGGAUUAGGUACAUGGCAAAGUAAACCUGGGGAGGUAGGGAAAGCUGUGGAGGCGGCUAUUAAAGCCGGCUAUACUCACCUCGAUUGUGCUUGGAUCUACGGUAAUCAGGUGGAGGUCGGUGAGACGCUGAAGAGGUUGUUCUCUUCCUCCUACAAAAGAGAAAAGAUUUUCAUCACGUCAAAAGUCUGGAAUACUUUUCAUUCAACUAAUGGCUGUAAGAAAAAUGUCGAAGAAAUCCUAAAACAAUUACAAUUAUCAUACAUUGAUUUAAUGCUAAUACAUUGGCCUGCAGGUUACGAAGAGGGAUCAGAUCCGUUUCCAAAAAGACCGGGUUCAAACAAGUUCAGGUAUUCAAAUGAAGAUUACCUUACCACGUGGAAAGUUCUGGAAGAGUAUGUGAAACAAGGAAAGAUUCGAAGCAUUGGCAUAUCUAAUUUCAACCAUAAGCAGAUCGAUAGGGUUAUAGGAAGCGCCGUUAUUAAACCAGCAGUUCUACAAAUCGAAUGUCAUCCGUAUCUUCAACAGAAAAAAUUGCGAGCAUAUUGCAAGGAUAAAGGCAUAGCAGUUACCGCGUACAGUCCUCUUGGGAAUCCUGGUUCAGCGUUUUUUCGUAAAGCUGGUGAUCCAAAUAUUUUAACGGAUCCUGUGGUUAAGAAGAUCGCUUCAGCACAUGGGAAGACACCUGCACAGAUUGUGUUACGAUGGGAAAUACAACAGGACAUCAUUGUUAUCCCGAAAUCUUGUUCUGAAGCCCGAAUCAAAGAGAACGCUGCAAUCUUUGAUUUCAACUUAACUGAUGCUGAAAUGAAAGAGAUCGAUGGUAUCGAUCGAGGAUGGAGAUUAAUUGAUCUAACAAGCACAGAAUCUGAUCAUCCACAUUUUCCAUUUUUGGAAGAGUUUUAA